AUGGCGACUCCUGUAGCCGGAGCGGGGCCGCAGAGUAUAAACGGGCUGCUGUCCGGCCCGCGGACCAAGAAGCUGACCGACCUGCCCACCGAGCUGCUGGAGCUCAUCCUCCGGUCCUCGGUCCUCCAGCACCGGGACGUGUGCAGCGUGUCCUGCUGCUGCAGGCGGCUCCACGACGUCUGCCACGGGAGGGGGGAGGUCUGGGGACACCAGUACAAACUAAGGUGGCCGCGGCUGCAGAUGUUUUACCGUCAGAACGAGUGCUGCGAUUGGCUCAGAGAAUACAAAACACGCCACAGAGUCGGCAUUCAGAUCCGGAGGACCGUGGAGUCGAUCUCCAAGAGAUUCUUCACAGAGGUCCCCUGCGUGGGCCAGGUGCUCGGGGACAGCUUCGCUGAGAUCGAGUCGCUCGGGAUGCCGGAGCACUUCUGUGAAGACGAGCUGCUCUUCAUCCUUAACUCUGACAAGAGGAAGAGCUUGACCCUGAAGUACUAUGCUAAGAAGAUCCUUUACUUCCUGAGGCAGCAGAACAUCCUGAGGAGCUUGAAGACGUUCAUGGAGCAGCCGGCAGAGCAGCAGUCGUCUCUGGAGGGUGCCGUCCUGGACAGCGUGUCCUCUCAGCUGGACGAGAUUGUGGACAAAGUGAAGAAGAUGCUGAGAAUCAAGAACCCGUCUCACCCCGUCCUGCAGAGAGGUGAGGCCGGCUCCGUGGACCUGGAGCUCCAGAGGCAGGUGGUGUCGGCUCUGAACUCCGUCCUGUACGAGCAGCUCCAGUUCAAAGGCAACGAGUUCGACUACUACAACCCUCUGAACUCGUACAUCCACCAGGUACACGCCCACGGCGCGUCUUUACCUACAGCACUAUCAGUUAGACAUCUAAUCCUCGGCCCUAGACCUCUGACUCUUUCUCUGUGACCAAUUUCUACCAAACGAGUUCCCCUGAAAACAUUUGUUUCCUCCUCUGCUCGCAGGACUGAGGACAUCUACGACUUUGUGUACAUCGACGCCUUCGGGAAAGGAAAGCAGCUGACGGCCAAGGAGUGCGAGUACCUGAUCGGCCACCAGGUGACGGCAGACUACUACAGCGCCAUCAGCACCACCGAGGUGCUGCUCCGCAUGGUGGGCAACCUGCUGAACAUCGGCAAACGAGGGGAGGGCAACGAGAAGUCCUACCAGCUGCUGAGGGACUCCCUGGACCUCUACCUCACCAUCAACCCCGACAACGUGCAGUACCUGCUGCUGCAGGCACGCCUCUACUUCCACCUGGGCAUCUGGCCAGAAAAGGUGCUGGACAUCCUGCAGCACAUCCAGGCCCUGGACCCCUCCCAGCACGGGGCGGUGGGCUACCUGGUGCAGCACACGCUGGAGCACAUCCAGCACAAGAAGCACCCGGCCACCCCCGAGGUGAAGCGGCGCAGCGCCCCGGAGCACCUGGAGGUCCAGUACUCCGUCGGCCUCAUCAUGAAACACAAGAGGUCGGGGUACAACUGUGUGAUCUACGGCUGGGACCCCAAGUGCACCAUGAGCCAGGAGUGGAUCAGCACCAUGAGGGUCCAGCAGCUGUCCAGCGGGGCCCAGCAGCCCUUCUACAACGUGCUGGUGCAGGACGGCACGUGUCGCUACGCGGCGCAAGAGAACCUGGAGCCGCACUCGGCGCCGCUGGAGAUCGGCCACCCAGAGGUGGGCCGCUACUUCUCUGAGUUUGCCGACACCCACUACUCCGCCAACGAGGAGCUACAGACGCGCUACACGGAGGAUGCUGUGGAAACUCUAGGCGCGGUGCAGGAGCUGUACCACCGGCCCCCGGCCCCCGGCCUCGGGGACCGGGCUGCUGCUGCCACGGACCCAGACCCCCACCGGGCCCUGCCCAUGUAGAACCGGUGGCCCACUUACCUGUUCAAGACCAGGACAUGCAACGGAAAGAUGUUUGGUAAAAAAAAGAAAAUAAACUAAACAGCCGGUCAGUGGGUUCAGAACGGAGCCGACAGCGGGCCUCGGGUCCAGAACCAUGCAGCCAGGACUGAAACCGUCUGGAACCGCAGAACAAAGGUCCAACUAUAGAGGGACUCGGCCUCGACGAUGGUCUUCAUCAUCAUCAUCAUCCUCAGUCAUGCAGUUGAAUUUGAAAAAAUAAAAAAUCUGCAUGCAAACCCAAAACCAAGCUAACGAGAUGAAGAACAGAAAAAGAAGUGGAGGAGUGAUGCAUUGUGGGUAUCCAGGUGUUGAACUUCCUCCUUUGACCCCGAGCUCCCCGACCCCUAAACACAACGCCCUGCACCAGUCAAAUAACCCCCCCCCCCCGUCAUCACCCUGACGGUUCAACUUUGACAUUAGUAGAUUAUCUUGUUUAUUUAGUUUUUCUUCCUGUAUUUACAAGUGCAACAUGUCCGUUGAUGGAGAAACAAAAAGAACCAAUCACGUCGCAGCUGACUCUCCGCUACUAGAACCUCCAGAACAAUAAAGAGUUUCAGGUUCUAAUCCGA